AUGUUCAGACUUCUUGCCUCCAACACCCAGUCCGGGUUCAGGCCCGUGAUUCUUCGAAAGGUCAGAGGUAAUACCUCCAGCCUCAAGCUCUCCGGGACCUCAGUGGACUUUGACAAAACGCCUAUCCAGUUCCGUAACAACUCCACGGCAGCUCCCAUGGGCAAAGUGGACCGUUUCUUCACCAAGGCUAGUGCUGAUCCUUUGCUCAAGGACGCUUUGAGCUCUUCUGGGAACUCGGCCAAACUCAACAGAUUCGAAGAGCUUUUGGUCACUGCCAACCAGGUGAAUCCACUGCAUAACAACUCGCUGCAUAAGCAGUAUUUCGAGACCAUCAAGUACUUGUUCAAUAUGAUCAAGGAUGAUGCCGUCAAGGACUAUGUGUCUCGUAACAAUGUGUUCCAGUAUGCUAAUCUUCUCAAUAAUUCUGUCUACCAGAACAGAACAUCGCGGUUGUCUGGGUCCAGAAAUAGAGACAGCGACCAGUACCAGAACAAUACCUUGAACAAUGAUGUCAUGCUCAAGACUGCCAUCUUGGAUCUUGCCGAUAACAUAGUCAGUGGCCACUUCAAGGCUAUCUUGGAUGCUCCAACCUUGAGAGUGUUGCUUUUGGCCAUGUUUCAGUUCAAGAUGUACCCAGAGAUGAUUUCGCUCUGGGAAGCCGGAGUCAACGAUGACGAGGUCAGUGCCAUCUACUUGAAGCAGACUAUUUUGUCGGUGAUUUUGCCUGUCACCUACGAUGAGAAGCGUUUUGACUACGAACAGGUGUUGCAGAUCUACGAGUUGAACACUAAGGAUACCCCUACUGUCAACUUCGAGCUUUUGGGAACCAUGGGCAAGAUCGCCAUCCGUGCCGGCGACUACACCAGAGGUCUUGAUUGUUUGGAGACGCUUUUGCACGUUUAUGAGCUGAAUGCCAAGGCCAACCGCAAGUUGGUGUUGAGAUCUUUAUCAGAGUUGCACUUGACCUUCAUUGGCUCGUGCAAGGACAUCAACAUCGCCCGCCACUUCUUCGACAAGGUUGUGGAGGGAGAUUUGCCCUACCAGGUGUUGCUCAAGGCUCCACACGUCCAGUCUCUUUUGGAGAACUGUGUGGAGGUCGAUGAGCCUGUUGACACCAUCUUGUACUUCUGGAAGGCAACUGUUGGCCACUACAAUGCCGAGCAGAGCGACAAGUCCAACUUGAACUCGCGUUAUGCUAUCUUGAACAACUCGUUCUUCUCUGUAUUCUUCCGUCUGUAUCCACACUUGACCCAAGAGUCUUAUGCCAAGUUGAAGGAAGUUAUUGCUAUUUACGCCACCAUCAAGCCUAUUGACGAGUUUUUCCUUAAUACAGUGAUUAGCAACUACACCUGGAACGACAAGGUUGUGUUUGAGCAGUUGAUCGAGAAUUACUCGAUUCAUAAUGUGGCUAGAUCGCCAGUGUCAUACCGUGUGAUUUUGAAGAAGAUUGGAGAUAUCCAAGAGUUUGAUAAUGCUGAGAUCUUAGCUCGCUGGAACGAAUCCCUUGCACAUUUGGAUGCAAGCAACUACACAUACAUUCCUAUUGCCGACUGGGCUGCCUUACGUGAUGCCACCAUUAUGUCUCCAUUCAGAGAUCAGAGAGAGCAAUUUUAUUUGAAGGUCUUAGAUGCUUACAAGAACUACCACCAGGACGAGAGAGCAUGUCUCAGAUUUGCCAAGUACUGGUUGAAUAGAAGCGACUACAUCGAGCAGGUGUCGCGUGUGUCGUUGGAGGAGAAGCCGCAGUUCAACUCUGAUAUGGAAGUGACGAUUCCCUCGUUCAGAAAGUUGAGACAGAAUGUCGACUACAAGAAGGUGACGCAGCCCAUGUUCAGACCAAGAAGAACAUAG